GCGGCGCGGUCGGAGCGCGGGGCUGGGCGGGCGCCCUGGAGCCGGCGGAGGCCGAGGCCGAGGCGGAGGCGGCGGCGGCGCGGCCCGAGGCGCCCGAGGCCGAGGAGGAUGAAGAGGAGGCGCUGCCGCACUCCGAGGCGGUGGACGUGUUCCAGGAGGGGCUCGCCAUGGUGGUGCAGGACCCGCUGCUCUGCGACCUCCCGAUCCAGGUUACUUUGGAAGAAGUCAAUUCCCAGAUAGCACUAGAAUAUGGCCAAGCGAUGACAGUCCGCGUGUGCAAGAUGGAUGGAGAGAUAAUGCCUGUGGUUGUGGUGCAGAACGCCACAGUCCUGGACCUGAAGAAGGCCAUUCAGAGAUACGUGCAGCUCAGGCAGGAGCGUGAAGGGGGCAUUCAGCACAUCAGCUGGUCCUAUGUGUGGAGGACCUACUACCUGACCUCUGCAGGAGAGAAGCUCACAGAGGACAGGAAGAAGCUUCGAGAUUACGGUAUCCGGAACCGGGAUGAGGUGUCCUUCAUCAAAAAGCUGAGGCAGAAAUGAACCUCCAGAAAGACAAUUAGGUGCUGGUGGCCUGCACCCAGCUGGAACAGAGCUAAGCCCUAGGUCCAAACAUCCUAAUCACAUGGCAGAUGGACCUGGCCCUGUAUACAAAAUAAAUCGUUUGCUUCUUAGUUUGAAAAGUCAAAAAGCCACAGUUCCUGGAGCAGGAGGGACCGCUGCUGCCCAGGCACAGAGGGGAGGCAAGGGCAGAGGAUGGUGCAGGUGAGUCCUAAGGUCCAGAAUGCUUCCACUUGAGCCCUGUGGCCAAAUCAUCCCCUCGCGAUAAAACCUUUUUACUGUGAUUUCUACAGCAAGGGGAAAUAAAAGCAGAUGGCCGGC